AAGAGUGCAAACUAUUGCGAAUGUUCUCUUUCUGCGAAACUAGUGUUACUCUCUAAACUUCGUCACCUAUAUUUCAUCUCCGGCCGCCGGAUCUCCUCAUUCGCCGCCGUUGCCCCUAUAUAUUGACCUCCAUUCGAGCUUCCGAUAAUUUUUUGAGUUUUUCUAUUACUUGCAAUGGAGAAGGAUAGAUAUGAUAGGGAAGACAAUGCUUCCAGAGAACGCUGGGAUGGAGGAGCCUACAGUGGUGAAUUGGAGCAAAAUGAAAAGCAUCGGAAUAAGGACAAGAAGAAGAGCAGUCGAGAAGAAGAAAAGGAUCACCGGGGUAGGGAAAGAGAGCGGGACCGUUCUAAGAGAAGCAGUGAUGAGGUCUUGAAAGAAAGGGAGAAUGAAUCCUCAGAAAAGGAUAGAGUGUCAACCAGGGAGAGGAGGAAGGAUGACGGAGAUGAGCAUGGGAAGGAAAGAAGUAAAGAUAGUAAGGUGAGGGAAAAAGAAAGAGAUCAUGACAGGGAUAAGUAUAGAGAUAAAGAACAUGAGCGUGAAAGAGAGAAGGAUCGAAAGGAUCGAGGAAAGGAAAAGGACAGGGAGAGGGAUAGAGAGUCUGAGAAGGAGAGGGGAAAGGAUAAAAUUAGAGAUAGGGAUAGAGAAAAGGAAAAGGAAAGAGACAAGGGAAAGGAAAGGGAAAAGGAGAGAGAGAAAAUUAAGGAUCGAGAGAAGGAGAGGGAAGGUGAGAAGGAUAGAGAUCGAGAGAAGGGAAAGGAGAGAAUUAAACAGAAAAAUAGGGAGGAAGACUAUGAAGGAAGCAAAGAUGGGGAGCUAGCAUUAGACUAUGAAGAGAGUAGGGAUAAAGAUGGAGAUGAAUUGAAUGCUGGACGCAAUUCAGGUUUAGCGCAGGCAGCUUCAGAGAUUGAGGAGCGUAUUGUGAGAAUGAAAGAAGAAAGAUUGAAAAAGAAAUCUGAAGGUAUUUCGGAGAUUUCAACAUGGGUUAGUAAAAGUCGUAAAACUGAGGAGAAAAGGAAUGCUGAAAAGGAGAAAGCUUUGCAGCUAUCAAAAAUUUUUGAAGAGCAGGAUAAUUUCGUUCAGGGAGAAGAUGAAGAUGAGGAGGCUGAUAAUCACCCUUCUCAUGAUCUAGCAGGGGUGAAAGUUCUUCAUGGCCUUGACAAAGUAAUGGAUGGCGGAGCUGUUGUUUUAACACUCAAAGAUCAAAGCAUACUUGCUAAUGGUGACAUUAAUGAAGAUAUUGAUAUGCUUGAAAAUACUGAAAUUGGAGAGCAGAAGCGACGAGAUGAGGCUUACAAGGCUGCAAAGAAGAAAACUGGGGUUUACGAUGACAAGUUCAAUGAUGAGCCUGGUUCAGAGAAAAAAAUACUGCCGCAAUAUGACGAUCCAGUCACAGACGAGGGUGUAAUUCUGGAUGAAAGGGGGCGCUUUACUGGUGAAGCUGAAAAGAAACUAGAAGAGCUCCGUAAAAGGUUACAAGGAGUUCCCACUAAUAACCAUGUCGAAGAUCUUAAUAAUGCUGCUAAGAUUUCAUCGGAUUAUUACACCCAAGAGGAAAUGCUUCGAUUUAAAAAGCCCAAAAAGAAGAAAGCUUUGCGGAAGAAAGAGAAGUUGGAUAUAGAUGCCCUUGAAGCAGAAGCCAUCUCUUCUGGGCUUGGUGCUGGAGAUCUUGGUUCUAGAAAUGACUCUAGAAGACAAGCAAUUAAAGAGGAGGAAGCCAGAUCUGAGGCUGAAAAGAGAUAUAAUGCAUACCAAGCAGCAUAUGCCAAAGCAGAUGAGGCAUCUAAGCUACUCCGGCAUGAACAAACUCUUACAGUAAAACCUGAAGAAGAUGAAAAUCAAGUUUUUGCUGAUGAUGAAGAGGAUCUUUAUAAAUCGCUUGAAAAAGCAAGGAGGUUGGCUCUUAAAAAGCAAGAAGAAAAAUCAGGUCCACAAGCUAUUGCACUUCUUGCUACCAAAGCUGCCAGCAAUCAAACUGCAGAUGGUCAAAACACCUCCACUGGAGAGGUACAGGAAAACAAGGUUGUAAUUACAGAGAUGGAGGAGUUUGUAUGGGGUCUUCAACUUGAUGAAGAAGCCCAUAAGCCCGAAAGUGAAGAUGUUUUCAUGGAUGAGGAUGAAGUACCUGGAGCUUCUGAACAAGACAAAACAAAUGCAGAAAAUGAGGUGGGUGGAUGGUCGGAAGUAGCUGAUACUAGUGCUGAUGAAAAGCCUGCUAAUGAGGAUAAGAAUGAGAUUGUUCCUGAUGAAACUAUUCACGAAGCUGCAGUUGGCAAAGGAUUAUCAGGCGCACUGAAGCUGCUUAAAGAUCGAGGAACACUUAAAGAAACUGUUGAAUGGGGUGGCCGGAACAUGGACAAGAAAAAGAGCAAACUUGUUGGCAUUGUAGACGAAGAUCGUCAAAAUGAUAGGUUCAAAGAUAUUCGCAUCGAAAGGACAGAUGAAUUUGGUCGAAUUAUGACUCCCAAGGAAGCCUUCCGGAAUCUUUCUCAUAAAUUUCAUGGCAAGGGGCCAGGCAAAAUGAAGCAAGAAAAACGGAUGAAGCAAUAUCAGGAAGAAUUGAAGCUGAAGCAAAUGAAAAAUUCAGAUACACCUUCACUUUCAGUGGAGAGGAUGAAGGAAGCUCAAGCUCAGCUGAAAACACCUUACCUUGUCCUUAGUGGUCAUGUUAAACCAGGGCAAACUAGUGAUCCUGCAAGCGGCUUUGCUACUGUUGAGAAGGAUUUUCCAGGAAGCUUGACACCUAUGAUUGGUGAUAGAAAGGUUGAGCAUUUCUUGGGAAUCAAGCGCAAGGCUGAGCCUGGGAAUUCAGGCGCACCAAAGAAGCCUAAAACUUGAAAUUUGGCCAGUAAGAAGUUGCGGUAAUGCCGAUUAACAUGAUGAGGUUUCGGUUUCUUUGCUCGGAAGUGGGGUCAUCGGAAUUGGUCAUAUGAUGCAGGUAACACCAACUCAAGUUGUAGACAAUCUCAAAACAAACUUUGAUUCCAAUACCAUGUUAUGGAUAAUUCGACUUGUUUUUGUUAUGAUGUUCUAUGGAUUCAACGUCGGAAGAAAGAACUUCCUUGUAUGGAAAACAAAAAGUUUUGGAUAAAAUUUUAUAUGUAAUUGAUGUAUUAUCCAAGUGUCAAAUGCAUCCUAUUUAUUUCUGAUUUA